AUGGAUAUUACUUCGACUUAUAGUCGUGACCUUUGCCCAGAGUGUCAGCUGAGCACGGUGUGCAUCGUUUAUGCGAAAACGGGACCUGUUUUUGAAAUUUGUUUUAUCAUUGGGCUUUUUACACGUCAGCCGGAACAACAUCUAUGGAGUUGCGAUGAUAAGGGUAAUGUGUAUUUCCUUUCCUCCUGGGAAGCGGGAUGGAGACGACUAAGAGCAAAUCGAGGUGUUCAGCUUCGUGUCAAGCGAGUCGUGGCCUGUGCGUGGUGUGUAUGGGUCAUCGGAGUGGAUCAGUCGCCUUAUCUUCUUGUUCCUUUCGAUGGAACAACAAUACGUGUCGCAGAGGUGAUCAUGCAGCAUGAACGUUGGAACCCAUCAUCGGGCUUCUCUUCAUCAAACCUCACUGCAAAAGAUCCUCCUGAAUAUCAACAGGUUGGGUGCGAUACUUAUAGCUGGACUGAUCUCCCUUCGACUCGAUGGCAGUGGGAAUCAUCGGAAUGGGAAUAUAUGCUCGAGCACAGCGAGGAUCGGGCAGGUUGGGAGUACUCAACCUCAUUCGGUGAGGAUGCCAUCUUCUCCUCUUUCUACCAAUGCGACUGCGUGGUUCGAAGGCGCCGAUGGCAGCGAGUUAGGCGCUUUCUGGGUCAUGAUAGAUGGCUUCUCUGUGGCAUUUCCUCCGACGAUCUCACUUCCCAGAGCGGGCAACAUCACUUCUCGAAUAAAGGCAUUGUACAUGUCCACAGGCUGGCCAUUGGCGGACAGGCCAUCCCAUGCCAAUUGAUUGGCUUUUUCAUACUCUGGGUGGUGACCAAGGAUGGACGUGUUAUAUGCAGGACUAAUGUCCAUCGCAACAAUCCCGAGGGCAGUGAUUGGGUAGAGCGGCCUCUGCUUAUGAUACAGGACGAUAACUCGGGCAAAUUUCACCCAGACACGCACCAGCCAUUCGCUAUUGAUAUUCAUGCCAACCAGUAUGGUCAGGCCCUUGUUUUAACCGACGAUAAUCAACUUUUCUAUCGCAUUGGUGUCGACUUUAAGUCCCCCUACGGUGGGUUUCCAUUCUUCUUUCUCACCUUGGGAGGGCGCAAUGCUUGGCUGUUAUCAAACACUGGACGCGCCUGGUUCCACGCUGAUUUUGGCACUGUCAUCGUUCCCAGUCCUUCCCUCGUUAAAUCUCGUCGCUCUUGGGCUCCAAUGUCCGGUCGUCUCGCCUCUCUCUCUGUCAGCUCCUCCGACCAGGUGUUCGCUCUAGAUGCCUGCUGGAACCGCCUGAUCUACCGUAGUGGAAUUAGUCCUGAAGCACCAGGAGGUGAGAUGUGGUUGGCCCUCGAUUUGCCAAUUCUUCCCAAUCUCGAUGAUGACCACAAAUUGGGGAGCUGUCUUACCCAAGAAGGUCCCCUGGCCCCCCUAUGCGUUCCCCAGUCUGAGUCCAUUCAGCUUGUCAGCAAAGUUCUACAGCUUACCAGCCCCGAAGCUUCCGAUUCUGCCGACGACGGCCUCGAGCGGUUGAGCGUACCUGAAGGUCGCAGUAUUUUUUUUGCAUCUUCUGCUUUUACACUAUCAGUCAUGUUUCUACAUGAUCGCGGGUUUCCUGCUGUGCACUACGAUCCCAACGUCUUCACUCCCCUUCCACAACUUUCACCGGCGCACAUGCUGAGCCAUAGACUUCGCAAGUUCUUCACUCGUCGAAGUCGGAGUCAGAUGAACAGUUUUGUCAGUUUUCGCCGUCUCCUCAUUAAUAGGGAUGCCUUGGACGAGAAGAGUGACGCGUCGUGGAUGUCGGAGGACCAGGUCUUGCCUAAGAUAGGUCACCCACCUAUUCGCUUGACCUCGCUCUGGGCCGGCGCUCUGAGCUCCUUAGCCGAGUAUCAUCUACCGUAUCGAUGGCGGAUUGCUGCUCUCCUUUUGGCAAGGAAGAAUUUAAUCCCCUACUUCACGCUGAAUGAGCUGUUUCAGCCUCCUGAGUGGCUCCUUCGCAUUAACAGCGCCCUUUCGUCUUCAAUGUCAAUGGAUGUCCUCGAAGGUGUGAAGUCUGCCGAUGCGAUAGAUGACUGCGAGCCAUGGGCCCAAACCUUUCGGGUUGAUGUCCUCCAAAUACCGCUGGAAGAUCGCGGCAAAUGUGCAUGGGCUAAAGCACGCGCUGUAAUCACUCACUUUGUCUCUAAAACACGUCCUCCCGUAUUUUCCAUCGCGGCAUCACCAUCGUCAUCUCGCGCUUCGGUUUCUGAAGGCUCAACGGAUACCAUGUCGACUUCUCCGGUGCCUCAGAAAAUAGAUGGGAAGGAAAUUGCAUGGGUCGGGUACAUAGAUUCUCUCUCUAUACUAAUCCCUCGAAGUCUGAGGGGAAUCUGCACUGGUGGCCGUAGGAAGUUCUCGGAUAGUCUCCCCAUUCGAAAAACAGAAGAAAAGCUCUACGAGGUUCCCCAAAAGACUCCUCCUCUGCCUUCUGUUCCCAUUGCCUCUGAUGAGCAUCUCGUGGCCGUUUUUGUGGGAGACGAAAGGCCACCACUGUCCACCACUGCUAAUUCCGCAAUGACUGUAACUGCGGAAUCUGUUGGAGAGGAGGAGGCAGGGAGUGCCACAGUGUUUGAGGAGUCUACUUCUUUUGUCAGAAGCAACAUUGUUCCACGUUGGAUUCUUCGCUUCUCCUCCAAAGCUGAGGCGUCCGCCUGGAUAGCAGAAACACAAAACACGACGAUAAUACUGCCUUCUACUAGCAGAGUCUGGCUUGUUACUGAACAGUCUGAAAUCUUCUCGGCUGUUGGAACCUCUCUUGACAGCCUUGCAUGGAAUAGGGUUGGAGGUCACUUUGCUCGCGUGGACAGCAUAUGCAUAUCUGCUAAAGGUAGAGGGCAAGUGACAUGGGCUUUAGGCCAUGAUUGCACGCCUUGGGUGUAUCGAGAAGAAUGGUCGUCAGCAGCCAAAGCUCAGUCCCGAUUCUCGCUUAAGCAUUUUCCAUUCAAAACACCACACGUACAAGCAGAUACCAGACAGUUUCGGGUGUAUGAGUUCCAGGUCAGGCGUAUGCUUCACGGUUACACCUCCAGUAAAGCCUUUAACGAGCGUGGUGUAAUGUGGUCACGAGACUUACGACACCAGCAGCUCUCUAGCCUAUGUGACAUUCACCUUCCACCACACAAAGGUCAGGUUCACUGGCUAGAUGACUGGAAGGUCGAUUUCUCGACUUUGCCCGGCUCAGCGCCGCACCAUACAUCCAUGGUGUGGCCGUCAAGGGACGAGGAGCGGUACUGGGAGUACGGCGGUAAGGAGAGUCCCUCCUACUCACCACGAGGGUCGCCCAGGCGCGGCUACAGCAUGGACUCCCCCAUAAACUCGCCAGACCCGGCUAUCACGAUGGCACAAUCACAGAAUCCCGCCACUUUCACUGUUACUGCAACGCCGCUUGUACUUCCUCCUUCGAACGGGGAUUUCAAGGAAGGUGUUGUUUAUGUAGGGACGACCGAGGGCCAUGCCUAUUCCAUUCCACCUUUAUGCGAUAAAAAGGGAUGGUUUUAUGCUUCUCGAUCGUCCUCUUCUAGGCAAACUGGACCAUUAGUCUUUCGAAAGUAUAUCCAAUGCCCUUGCUCGCAGAGCCAGCGUUCCAAGUCAUCCAGUGGGAUGCGGUACCGACGGUGGGUGCGUUCCUGUGUAGUACGAACGGAGGCGCCGUGGCAAGAAGUGGGUCCGUUGAGAGUAAAGUGUUUCAGUCUCUCCUAUUCCUCACCUAUUAGCCACUGUGUGGAUGUCUGGGCUGUCACUGAUUCGGGUGAACUUGUCUCUCGAUGUGAUGUCACUCCCGCCAAUCCGGGGCCUAAUCCCUUUGCCUACACCCAAAAGUAUGAGGAGGCACUCGAUUUGGUGCACGGUAAAAUCCGUCAACUCUUUUGCGACCCCAAUCUCGUACACACACCCGAGACCAACGCUUUGAUGCGUGACAUUGCCGAUGAGGUGGCGUAUUUACGUUUCGACAGCACUCUACUCACAAACGCUUCACCGGAGUGGAGCAAAAAAUUUACUGAGCGUGAGUUAGUAACUCAGCGUCAGGCUUUUCUUGACACCUGCACACUUCUUACUGAUCCUGGUGGUCAGCUUACUGCUCGCUAUCAGGUCAACAUGAAACCGGGCAAUCGGGACUGCAGUAACGCCCACUGUGCCUGCAUUGAGCUCAAAAAGGAUCCGAAUGCCAACGCAGACAUUGGAAUUGGGUGGACAGACACUAGCAGACGUUCAGCUGAGAAUUGGGCGGUGAAGGAACUUAAAGGUCUCCGCGAUGAAUUGAAACCCUUGGCUGAGGAGGCAAAAAAACGCAUAAGACAGUAUCUUGAUGCCUAUGGUAUCACAGAUCGGUACGCGGGAUAUCACAACAAUCUUGGCUACAUCUGUCGAUCGGAGAACCCUGUGAGUGUUGAUCCGGCGCUGCUUAACCCCGGUCGACCUAAAGUUGCCCCGCGCUGGCACAUGGGAGUGGAGGAUGAGAGGGCAAAAGCGGUAGAGUGUACUGACUUCGUUGCUCCCCAGGACACUGAAUGCGAGCGCAUGGAGCGUGCAGCACGUAAAUGUGAAGUGAAAGUAACCUGUGAAGACCCUGUGGCAGCGGCAGGAAUAGUGUGCAAGUUCCCGGGACGAACAGAAUACGAGGAUGCUUACAUCGAUCCUCCACUUCACAACCUCCCAAGUUCGGCCAAGAAACCUCCUCGGACGCAUCGUUCUGUGUCAGAGCAGCCUCCAGGCGUUCGUGGACGUGGUCCCGAUGUUGAAGUUGGCAUGGAGUAUAAGCAUGACAAAAGCUUUGGCAUUAGGUCACCACCGAGGCACCAAGAUGGGACCUCCUGGCUUCACUAUCCCACGAAGCGGCGCUUGCAAUUUGUGGCCGCAGCACCAGACAGCAGUAGCAGGGGACUGUGGGCAGUUUGCGCAGACUUUGGACUAAUGUGGAGGCUGGAACUGUGUGGGAGAUCAGUGCGGUGGUGCUGUCUCGGCUUUGCACCCAGUGGGGCCGCCUGGCAUAUCCUCGCUCCUGUCAGUGCGCGCUGCCUCUGGGCCCUUGACGUCGACGGUCAGAUCUGGGUUCACAUGGUGAACUCCUGUAACCCUGCGGAGCCAGUGACAGAAGAGACCACGGAGGUGGUUAACUGGAUCAAGGUUGCAUCCCCCCGAGUCUCCGAUAUAUCCUGUAGUCCUGAUGGCAAGGCUACUUUUGUUUCUUCCACACGUAAACUUGAGUUUCACGGCCACAUAAGUGUAGGCUCUCUGACUUCUUCUACUCGUACUCCAAUGCCACCAAAUAAUUGGUGUUUGAUGAGUAGUCACCCAUAUUUUGGUUAUUUAUUAGUCAUGGACCUCUUCCGACGAUAUCUCUCCCAGUCUGCGGAAAUCGGUGAAGAUGCCGGUGCGAACGUUAUCGAAACCCUCGUAGACCGUCUGCAGACAGCGACCCGUGCUGAAGAUAGACGCGACUCUAUGCGUGGCAUCAAGGCCCUUUCCAAACGUUACCGUCUUGAAGUUGGAACCCAAGCCAUGCCUGCGUGUAUUGAGACUCUUUCCAGGGAUAGUGAGGACUCGGAUACCGUUUCUUACGCUCUGGACGCGCUUUGCAACAUAAUGAACGACGCGCGAACAGAUAUGGAUCCGCAGGAGUUAGUCAACAUUCCGCCAGAUCUGGGGAAGCAAUUUACCGAGAUCUUUGUAAAGGAUCCCGAGAACGUCCAAUUGGUGCUUUCUUUCCUCUCGUCCUACGACAUGCAUCUCAGGAGGCAAACUAUUCAAUUGUUGAUUCUCAUGCUGCAAAAUAAUCGUAAAGCGGUUCAGGAUUUGCUACUCAAUUCUCCUAUGGCGGUUUCCAAGUUCAUGGCCACACUGUGCGACCCUAUGGAGGUUAUUCGAAAUGACGGUCUCCUGCUUCUGCUCUACUUCACGAAGAAUCACGCGACCAUUCAGAAGAUAGUAGCGUUUGAAAACGUUUUCGAACGCAUUCUUUCUAUCGUGGAGACGGAAACUGUAGGCGAUGGAGGCGUGGUGAUUGAGGACUGUUUCCGUCUUCUUCACCAACUACUCGCGGGUAACCAGCAAAAUCAAAUCCUCUUCAAGGACGGUCGGUUCGUGCAGCGUUUAGCCAAACUGUUUAAACAAAUUCCUCAGGAACUUGAGGAGUCCUCUACUUGGUCGGCGCAGAAGUUGGUCAACGUCAGCUUGCUACUUAAGAUCUUCCGGACUCUGGUAAGCACCAUAAACAAGAGUCAAAAUGUUAAAAGCUGCCAGGAGGAGAUGCGGGUUUGCGGUCUCUUGACUAGCCUCUGGGAGGUGGUUAUGGCGGGUGGCGUGCCAGCGGAACUGCUAACUGAAACUCUCUAUAGCCUGGGUGAGAUGGUACGUGGUUGUCCGACUAAUCAGGAAGCAGUGGUCCAGAUGCUUGCACCCUCCGAGCCACCCCAGCCCGCUAUCACUGUCCUUCUCGUCACAAUGGUCAAUGAGCGUCAACAACUUGCUGUACGAAUGGCUGUGCUCUACUGCUUCCAGUGUCUUCUUGCAGGCAACAGCGAGAUUCAGACUGCGGUGGUUUCAACUCUCCUACCGAAGCAUUCUGAACCUUCAUGUGUGAUGAGCGCAGGACAAUUGCUCUGCGGGGGUCUCUUCUCACAGGACGCCCUCUCAGCCUGGUUCUCGGCUAUCGCCCUUUUCCACUCCAUAAAUCAAAAUCGUGGGUUGAAGGAGAACCUCCUGCAAGUCCACAUGGCGCCCUCUUCAGGCAGUGGUCCUCCAGUCACUCUCAUGCAACAGUGUUUUCGACUCAUCUCCCAGGCUGGACGCGUUCAAGGCAAAAUAGGCCUACUGCAGUUCCUUUGUGCUUGGCUUUCGCACUGUCCCCUGGCAGUGGAGGCCUUCCUCUCUCUGCGCCCUGUUAACUACCGCACUCAGUCGACUACAUCAACACCAAAUAAAAGUACCGGUGGUGGCGCCGGUUCAGCCCUUUCCCAUCUUAUUGCUGAUGUGCUCUCAGGCGAAGGCGAGGAGAUUAACACUGUCAGCUGUCUCUCGGCCCUUCUUAUUGGCAUCUGUGUAUGCUACAAUAAUGGUGCUGUUGAGGACUACGACAGUGAAUCUCUUAUGAAGACGAUCGACAAACGCAUCGGCAUUGAUGAUCUUAUAAAGCAUAUUGGCCAGAUCUAUCGCUCAGACGAGUUUGUCCGCGUCAUAAAACAUCCCGUGCUAGAGGCCGCGAAAGCCGAUGAUUUGGUCUUUGAUUAUGACUUCACCCGGCUCUUCAAAAUCGUCGAGUUCGAGGUGUGUGCACGCCUUUCCCGAUCGAGUAGUCACAUAGAGGAGGGCUCAGAAGUGGCCCAGCGUAAUGGUCAGGUGGGACCGUCUGUGGCGGUAGCGGAGGGAGAGGCAAAUCGAUGGGCUCACCAGCAAGAGAUGCUACUGGCCUAUCAGGGAGCUGUGGCCGAACGCGAUGCUGCUCUGCAGAGCCUUCAGCUGCGUGUUAUUGAGCUUGAACGUCAACUCUCCUUUGCACACCAAAACGGUCACCCUGUGGAGAAGCAGGACGAGACCUCUGCGGUUGACGCCAACUCGGAUCUACAAAUGGCACUGGUAAGUGGGACCAAUUUAUUUACGGUUUCUCGUGCCUCUACUCCAUCACUUAGUGAUCCACAAUUACAUUCUAGACCCAGAAAUGCCAAAACUUGGAAACCGCGGAGAAGCGAAUCGCGGCGAGAGCUGGAAGACGCUCUCAAAGUCGCCAACAAUGAAAAGGCGACCAUUAAGUCGGAGCACGAAGACCUUCUGCUUCUUCUGAGUGAGCAAGACUCCCAGAUAAAUCGUUUGACUGCAGAAUUGGCCAAGCUGUCAAGCCAAGCACGGCAAACAUCUCAACAGUCGGUAACCUCUGCAGCAGCCCCACAACCAGUGCAGCAACAGUCACAGGCACAACCUGCGCGGAUCAUGGAUUCUCCUCUUCAGCAUUCUCCAGACGUUUCACGGUAUCCUCCACCUGUUAACCAACAAGCGUAUUCUUAUGAGUAUCUUCCUGACAAACAGCAAACUUCCGGGUAUCAGUCUCAGACAACCUCUUCGCCACUCCCUCCCUAUCUGGUUACUGCUUCUACCAACGCAGAACAAGUUCGUCUCACUUUCGGUUAA